CCCCGUCCGCCCCUCCCCCAGAGCCUGUGCCAACUAUAAGGCCUCCAGCGAGGAGGGGCCCCCACUGCUCCCAGAGACACCCCGAGAUGAAGACAGCUCUGCUGUUCCUUGUCACACUGGCUGUGGCCGCGGGGCCAGCCCAGGCGCUCCGCUGUCACGUGUGCACCAGCACUACCAACUGUAAGAAACCUCAAGCCUGCCCAGCCAACGCCAACUUCUGCAGAACCACGACCAAGGUGGAGCCCCUUUCCGGGAACCUGGUGGAGAAGGACUGCGUGGACUCGUGCUCGCCCACGCACAGCAUGCAGGGCCAGGUCAGCAGCGGCUCGGCCACAACCCUGUGCUGCCAGAGCGACCUGUGCAACGAGAAGCUGCAGACCUCCGCGGCCACCCGCACCCUGCUCACCAGUGCCACCCUCGGCCUGGCGCUGGCCCUGGGCCUCCUCGCCCUCCUCUGGGGCCCAAGCCUGUGACCCCCGGGACCAGGGGCCCUACCCCUUCCUCUCGCCGGCCAGGACGGGGGCUCGGGCGCCCUGGGCUGGGGCCUCCAUCAGAAGGUCUGGAGCCCAGUGGUUGCCGUUGUCAUUGUCACGGGGCGUGAAGCGAUGAUGGCUUGGAGCCACCCCUCCCCCAGGACGAGAGGACCUGCCUCCGUGAGCAGCGGGGCCUCAGGGGAGGGGACAGAAGGCGUUCUGUUCCCUUCUGGUUUCAUAUGCACUCUGUCUGCUUCCCUUUUAUUUUUCUACUCAACCCCCUGCAUAAGAAUAAACGGUUGAAAACGAA